UAAGAGAGGGACAUGGCAUCCUCAGACCUGGAAGAUUUAUGCCUUCACAUCAACAUGAAGAUUUCAACUAUUAAAAAGACUCUGCAGUUAAGAAACAUAGGUCAAGAACCAUCCCUCAAAUCUAUGCUCUGUAAAAUAGGACAUGACAUGGUUCUCUUGCAUGAUCUCCUGAACAAAAUGGAAACUGAAGUUCAACAGCAAGAAAAACUGAACAAUUUGCUAAAAGAGCUCCAGAAGUCUGCUGAGAGAGAUCAAAAUGAAGCACAGCACCUCUGUGAAAACAUUCCUCCCCAUCUGCCUAAACCAACUCGGAGCUGCAUCACUGGGCUAACUGUGAAAUGUGAAGAACAAGCAAAAGUUGUAGAACCCGAACGUGCAAAGAAACCUACGAAAGAGCCAAGACUUAUUAAAGAAGUGCCCUUAAUAACUGCAGAAGAAUUUGAAAGUGUUCCUGCGUAUAUGAAAGGUCGUUUAACAUAUGAUCAGAUUAAUGCAGUUGUUCAAGAUCUAAACAAGGCUGUGGUGGGCAAGUACAAGAUCUUGCAUCAGCCUUUGAAAUCUAUGAAUGCACCAGUCAGAAACCUCUACCACAGGUUCCUGGAAGACGAAACUAAGGAUACAAAAGGUGAAUUUUUUAUUGUGGAGGCUGAUAUCAAAGAGUUCACUCAGCUGAAAGUGGAUAAGCGCUUCCAUGGGAUCCUCAAUAUCCUGCGCCAUUGCCAGAGAGUGAGAGAAGUUCGUGGCUCAAAACUUGUCCGCUACGUCAUCUGCUAACGGACUUUCCAUGUUCUGCUUACCUGAGACACGAAGGCAGAAGUACUUGGGAGAUGCAGAGAGAUUCUACAUGGGGGCGUUCCUCUUCAGCUCCUCUGUUCUUUAAGAGGCAGCAGCAGGGACCCAGAAGUGGUUUUCACCAUCUACCCUAAAUUAGGAGUGGCGAUAUCAAAUGGCCUUGAAGUAUUUGAGUUUUGUUUUGAAAACUUGAGAGGAACUACUGUCUUUUGGUAAAUUACGAAUGCAAACGAGACAG